UGAGAGUCAGAGCAGUCAGACUGCUGUAGUCUGUUCUGCACAGUCACAUUGUUCUUUUAAUCAUGGCUGAUCUCCUGCUGCUAGUCGUUCUCAUGUAUUCCUUUCAUGAAAUCAAAGCACAAGACCUUCGUCCACCUAAACUGACAGUGAGCCCGCUGAUGAUCACAGAGACAGACUCAGUCACAGUGAACUGUCAGAAUCCUCUUCCUGUCUCUGCGUGUUAUUUUCUCAUUUCAGGAGAUAAAACUGCCAAAACAGUUCCUUGUCUGCGGACUCUGACAGGGUCUCAAUUUCUGUCAUGGAUACAUCAAAGUUCACCUGUUACAGUUGAACUGACCUGUUAUUACACUUUUAUAGAUAAAUCUCCAGUGAGUAACAUGUCAGCACUCAUCAUACAAACCCCCCGUCCCAAACUUAGAGUGAAUCCACGGAUGAGCAUAGAGCCAUAUUCAUUUACAGUGAACUGUCAGACACCAUCUUCUGUUAAUGUGUCGGAGUGUUUUUUGUACUUUACGAGAAGAAGAAAAUCUACGUCCAUCUCCUGUCAGCAGACACUUACAGGAACCGAGCUCCUCUCUAUGGCACAGCAGAGUUCACCUGCUGAGGUUGAAGUGACAUGUUUUUACAGCUCAGAGCAUAAAGGAGGACAAAACCAGUCUCCUCACAGCAGCAUAUCUUCCAUCAGCAUACAAACUGCUUGGCCUGAAUUGACAGUGGAUCCACGGAUGAUCAUAGAGACAGACUCGGUCACAUUGAACUGUCAGACUCCAUCAUCUGUUAAUGUGUCGGAGUGUUUUUUGUACUUUAUGAGAAGAAGAAAAUCUACGUCCAUCUCUUGUCAGCAGACACUUACAGGAACCGAGCUCCUCUCUUUGGCACGGCAGAGUUCACCCGCUGAGGUUGAAGUGACAUGUUUUUACAGAUCAGAGCAUAAAGGAGGACAAUACCAGUCCCCUCACAGUAACAUAUCUUCCAUCAGUAUAAAAAUUCCUUGGCCUGAACUGACCGUAAAUCCACGGAUGGUCACAGAAACAGAAUCAGUCACAGUGAACUGUCAGACUCCAUCUUCUGUUUCUGCGUCUGAAUGUUUUUUGUACUUUAUGAGAGGAAGAAAAUCUACGUCCAUCUCCUGUCAGCAGACACUUACAGCAACUGAGCUCCUCUCUAUGGCACAGCAGAGUUCACCUGCUGAGGUUGAAGUGACAUGUUUUUACAUGUUACAGCGUAAAGGAGGACAAUAUGAAUCUGCUCACAGUAAUAUAUACUCCAUCAGCAUACAACCAGAAAAAAUCACUUUGACCUCUGCUCCUCCUCUUUCCACGAACUUUACAAGUGACACAAUCAGGAGAAGAACAAGUAUUGUAGCUUCUGCUCUUAAACUUCUACCUGUAGUUGCAACUGGUUUUGGUGUAAGCGUGGCUGUCAUCUCACUGGCAAUGACUUUUGUCUGUGUGAAAAGAAGAAGUGGUGACUUUUCAAGCACAAGAAAAACUGACCGAGGAGGAUGGAUGUCUUCAAAUGAAACUGAAGCCUACAGUAUGACCAAUUUUGUCCCUUGUGAUGACCCAAUGAAAGCAGGGUCUAAACAACUGAACAGACAAGAGUAUCAAACUGAGAAUAUUUCCACAUACCACGUGUACUCCACCAUCCCCGAGGAGCCAGAUGAAACACCUACAAUGAAAACAGACCUGGCAUACAGCACUGUAGAGCUACACUGAAGCACAUUAAAAAAUACUGAAUUGGCAAAAAUCAGAAGAUAAGACAAAAUGGCCACCUGGUCAACCAGACAUGGAUGCAGAAACUAGAGUACUGCAUGCAGACAUUGCAGGAGGAGAUAAUAAAUGUAAAGCCAAGUAGUUUCUAGAGAGCAGGGAAGAUACAGUAUGAAGUACAUUGCAGGAGAUUUCUAUGCCGCAAACGAUUAAGCUGCGUAGAUGGCUAAUCUGUAUUUACAUGUAAACAUGUUAGUAAUUUCUGUUUAAACACUUUUGUGUGAUAAUUUCAUGUUGGCUUGAAAUAAAACAGCUCGCUCUGCUGGUACUGCAAACUUCCGCAUGCGUGU